GCACAUGCGCAGUGGUGCCGAGGCGAGGCCGUCGCAAAGCCCGGGAGCUUGGGGUUCCGGCCGGGCCUCUGGGGACCGGGCUGGGACAAGCGUGUCCUGGCGGCUCCCGGCCCCUCCCAGGGAGGGAAGCGGUGAAGCUGAGCCCCUGGUGCAGCUCCGGGUCGAAUCUGCCACGGAGGCGCCCGCCACGCCGCCGCCAUUGUUGCCCGGGCUGCGCUGACGGGGCCCGAGUGACAGGGUCUUGAUUAUCCUUGCAAGUUCUGGACUCAGAAUUUGUUACAAGGUACUGGUUUUAUCAUGGUUCCAUUCUGGACCUGACCGCAGCAGCCCUUGAGGGGAAAAAAUCGUUGUGACUGUCACAUGAAACGUCAAACAGUUGCCUCGAUUCUGGAAAAAUAAAGGAUACUGUCAGAUAGAUUCUUCUGUCUGUAGCAAUGUUAGCCUCAAGAAAGAAGAUGGCAAAUUCUUCACGUUCACAAGUCCUUCUAAUGUGGAAGCCAGACAAGAUUCAGAAUGGACCCUGCAGCAUGGAGAAACAAACACUUACCUCAAGACUCUCGCAUGACACUGAAACCUGUCGACAGAACUUUAGAAAUUUUCCAUACCCAGAUGUGGCAGGUCCUCGGAAAGCAUUGUGUGAGCUCCGAGAGCUCUGCCUGAAGUGGCUGAGACCUGAGGUUCAUUCCAAGGAACAAAUUCUGGAGUUGCUGGUGCUGGAGCAGUUUCUGAGCAUCCUGCCUGGAGAAGUUAGGACUUGGGUAAAUUCUCAGUACCCAGAGAGCAGCGAGGAAGUGGUGGCUUUGGUAGAGGAUUUGACACAGAUUCUAGAAGAAGAAGCUCCUCAGAAUUCUACCCUUCCCCAAGAAAUCCCAGAGGAAGACCCCAAACAUGCUUUCCAGACAGAGUGGCCCAAUGACUUGGUGACCAAAGAACUGGUGACAUUCAAAGACGUAGCUGUGGACAUCACCCAAGAGGACUGGGAACUGAUGCGCCCUGUUCAGAAGGAAUUGUAUAAGACUGUGACUUUACAGAACUAUUGGAACAUGGUUUCUCUAGGACUGACCAUGUACAGGCCGACUGUGAUCCCCAUCUUAGAAGAACCAUGGAUGGUGAUAAAAGAAAUUGUAGAAGGCCCUAGUCCAGAAUGUGAAACUAAAACUCAAGCACAUAUUCCAUUAAAGGAGCUUCCUAAACUCAAACAGAAUGGAACCCAAACCAUCAAAUGGGAAGACUCCUAUGACGAUGCUGACAGCUUAGAGAGGGAGUCAGUGUGUGCCUUCCAGAAGGUUUAUAUAGAUGAAGAAGACUUCAGUUUGAAGUCAGAGCUUUCACAAGAAGACCCUACAGAAGAAUAUCUUAGUAAAUGCGAUAUAUAUAGAGAUAAUUUUGAAAAGCACACAAGUCUAAUUGUACAGUUUGAUACCCAAUCAGAUGAUAAAACUUCUCUGUAUAAUGAAAGCAAGCCAGUGUUCAAUAAUAUCCCAUCUGGUGUUGUGGUACAUGGGAAAAUACUUCCUGGAGAUAAGCCUUAUUCAUGUAAUAUCUGUAGAAAAAAAUUUAGAAAAUACCCAUCACUCCUGGCACACCGAGAUAACCAUGCCAAAGAGAAAUCGUACGCAUGUGAAGAAUGUGGUAAAGCAUUUAAGCAUCUCUCAUCCCUCAUUGCACAUCAGAGGAUGCACACUGGAGAAAAACCAUAUGAAUGCCACCAGUGUGGGAAAGCCUUCAGUCAGCGUGCACACCUGACAAUACACCAGAGAAUUCAUACUGGAGAAAAACCCUACAAGUGUGAGGACUGUGGGAAAGACUUCAGCCAGCGUGCACACCUUACUAUCCAUCAAAGGACACACACUGGGGAGAAACCAUAUAAAUGUUUGGAGUGCAGUAAAACCUUUAGCCAUAGUUCAUCACUGAUCAAUCACCAGAGAGUUCAUACUGGAGAAAAACCUUAUAUAUGCAAUGAAUGUGGGAAAACUUUCAGUCAGAGCACGCACCUUCUCCAACAUCAAAAAAUUCAUACUGGGAAAAAGCCGUAUAAGUGCAACGAGUGUUGGAAAGUGUUCAGCCAGAGCACUUACCUUAUUCGACACCAGAGAAUCCAUUCUGGAGAGAAGUGCUACAAAUGCACUGCGUGUGGGAAGGCCUUUGCCCACUCCUCAACCCUCAUCCAACAUCAGACCACCCACACUGGAGAGAAAUCCUACAUAUGCAAUGUGUGUGGGAAAGCCUUCAGCCAGAGCGCCAACCUUACCCAGCACCAUAGAACACACACUGGAGAGAAACCGUACAAAUGCAGUGUGUGCGGGAAAGCCUUCAGCCAGAGUGUGCACCUCACCCAGCACCAGAGGAUCCACAAUGGAGAAAAGCCCUUUAAAUGCAAUACCUGUGGAAAAGCAUACAGACAAGGCGCAAACCUGACUCAGCAUCAACGGGUCCACACCGGAGAGAAGCCCUACAAAUGUCACCACUGUGGGAAAGCCUUUAUCUACUCUUCAUCGCUUAAUCAACAUCGACGAACUCACACUGGGGAGAGACCCUAUAAGUGUAGUCACUGCAACAAAGAUUUCAGCCAGAGAACAUGCCUUAUUCAACACCAGAGGAUUCACACAGGAGAAAAGCCCUAUGGAUGCCGGAUAUGUGGGAAAACCUUCACCCAGAGUACAAAUCUUAUUCAGCAUCAGCGGGUUCAUAUGGGUGCCAGGCAUCGCAACUGACACAUAUGGGAGGCUUUGUUUAAGCUUUAAAACUUGAUUGCUUAAAUUUCAUUGUGUACUGUGUCAAAAUACCCAAAAGAAAUCUGGAGAAGUGCAAUAUGCUUGAUACCACAGUAUCAGAAAGUACCGGAAGCAGUACAGUGGCUCUCGUCCAUUUAGAUCCAGUGUGAGAUUUAAAGCCCCAUCAACUGGCUGGCUGUUAUCUGACAGCACUUGAAUUCAUUCUGGAAAGAAAUGCUAGGAAAGGACAAUUUACAACCUGUGAUUCGUCACCUCUUCGUAUACUUCAAGUACGUUUUAUUGAGGCCUUAGGAGUCUGCCUUGGGAAAGCAUCUGUCAAGUGGGUCUCACACUAGAGAGUCAUCUGACAUGAUAGGAAGGAAGAUAGACGCUUUGGGGCCUUUGCUUCAUCUAGUGAUGAAGCCCUAAAAUAAGUAAAAGGUCCCAUUUUUUUUGUUCCCUCUUUUCUCAUUGCAACUUCCAUAUGUAGCCACUAAGUACAGCUUGAGGAAGAGAAAACCUGAAAAGCUCUUAAAUGAUUUCUGCAUGACCACUGCUAACUACACUUUGUAGAAGUUAAUAGGAAGAGAAGGCAAUCUGAUAAGACAGGAUCAGUAUAUCCAAAACCCUAGACAAGGACAAAUACAGACACAGAUUAAACACCACAGCCUGAAGUCAUCUUUAAUACAACAGUAUACUUAGUUUCACUUGGUUUUGGCAUCCAGUUUUCCCUGAAGGAAAAUAGACAGGCAUAGUAUUCUCUUUUUUCCCCACCUGGUUAUUAAACUGACAAGUUUUCCCAUGGUUCUUACUGUAGCAAAGCCAUUUCUUCCAUUGUAACACACUUCUAGAGAGCCCACUGUGCUCAGGACACAGACUAUUAUUGUUGUUGUUGUUGUUAAUGGGUUUUUUAAUGUAGGAGUACACUGUCUGCAUAUACACCUACAGGCCAAAAGAGGAUCAGAUCCAUUUAUAGAUGGUCAUGAGCCACCAUGUGGGUGCUGGGAAUUGAACUUGGGACCUCUGGAAGAGUAGCCAGUGCUUUUAGCCACUGAACCAUCUCAUCAGCCUGACAGACCUUUUGAUUGAACCAUUUCAGUUAACAAAGAUCUUUAAAGAGAUGGGAAGGACACACGCUUAACUAUUUUGUGGUGAAGCAAGCAUAGCCCUGCCUACGCUUGGUUGCCCAGUGCUGCCAUAAAGCCAAGUUUUGUGCCGUGAACAUGGCCACAUAAACAACGUGAGAAUGAGUGAUGAAAGCGGGUUUGAGUCCAGCACAAAGGCCGUGAGAGAAAGCCGGGAUGAGGAGGAAGAUGCACAAACAGCUCAGAUGACGUGAGAUUUAAUUUGCAAGAAGCUAAAAGGGAAAUUAUUUUCAGGAAUAAUUAGAAGCCUAGUAUUCCACACAUGGAAGUAAAAUUUAAAAAUUAUACUUAAUGUGUUAGGAAAACGUUUCAUUGGAAAAGGCCUUGGUGCAGAGAUGAUCAUUAAUCAGGAAUCACAAACGAUAACUGAGUUUGUGGAUCGUAAGCUGCACAAAAGGAAGACUGGCGGGAACCAAUUUUUUUUUAAUUACUGGUUGUUGUUUUUUACAAACUGUAAUUACAGUUUAAUUACUGUUUAUUCAUUAUCCGUAGUGUCGUGCUUUCAGAAUAUUCAGCUGAGCUUCACCCUGCUCAUUCUUGUUCCUCCAGGGCCUUGCAUAAGAUAAAUAUAUGUUGGGUGAAUUGACAGUAAACUAUAAAUUGGAGUUGAGUAGUUAAGGUAGAAUCACCGGCAUGGAGAGAAAAUGCGCAGGACCAAAGUAAACUCUGUGUCCAUGUGUCACAUCUAGCAGUAUACCGUGAAAUGACAGCUCAAGAAUGGAGACUCAGAAGUGGUGGGACACUGUUGCCCAAGGAAAGUUCCCUGAGCUAACAGAGGAAACAAGUUCUGGUACCAUAAAUAAGCUUAUAUUGACAAUAGCAUCACUAGACACCACAACAGGGGCUGAAGAAAAGGUCCAGGCUGUCCUCAUAGGAGUGUUUUCUUAAGGAAAUUAUCACUUUCUCCUUCCCAACAUUAGUUAUCUUGACUUUGUAAUAUACAUAAAAUACUGGUUAAAAACAUACUCAGAUUAUGCUUACGCCACAGUUCUGUUAAGAAUAACAAGUGUGUUUAUUUUUGA